AUUCACCAUAUAAGAGCACCAAAUUGAUAAAGAACAUUCCCAGAACGGUUGAUUCAAACAAUAUUCUAGAGGUGGCUAGCUGGAACAACUUCGGUUAUACGAAGGUCAUAAAAGGAGAAGGAGAAGAUGCAUUAAAAGAGAAAUUGCAAAAGCCGGACAACUUUGCCCUCUUGAUAAUCUCAUUGACUUACUUUGUCAUGUAUAUGGUAUUUUCAUCAAUAGAAACGUUCACUGCUCCACUAAUGAAAAGUGAGCUGGCGCUUACGAAGUCAGAAGCUGUUUUCUAUGCUGGCCUGUUGCUGUCUUCCGUUGGACCAAUUGCACUUUUUUCGCUAUCUUUAAUAAGAUGCACUUCAAACCGGCUUGCCGAGAGAAGCAUAAUGUUGCUAGGGUGCACAAUUUCAUUGCUAGGGUUUAUCAUAUUUUUACCCUGGGGAAACACACAUCCAACUCUACAAACAACAGAACAAACAAAACUUGGGAAUGUGAUGAAAACAAUAUGGAAAGCAGGGUGUCCGCCAAAGUUCCAGUGGUGCAAAAAUGCCCCUAAAAUACACCUCGCGCAAUUCGUAGUUGCAGAAUUGAUAAUUAUUGUUGGCUUCACGUUGUCAUUUCUAAUAAUAAAUGGGUUGUAUUCGAAAGUUAUUGGCCCAAGAAAGCAGAGCUUCUACAGUGCAAUUAUAUCUGGCUCUUCAUGUGUUUCGGGAAUCGUAACACCAUUGGUGAUGACAUGCAUCUAUGAAACCUACGGACCAAGAUACGUCUUCAUCACAAUAGCCGCUAUUGUGGCAGCUUGCAUCGUCAUUGUUAGCUACUUCUUCAACAGAUUAGUGCCUUUUGAAGAAUAUGCCGAAUGUAAACUAGGAGUAAACAAAGGCAAAAAUGAACUACUUUGAUCGUGAUUCAUCUUUUACUCUCGUGUCCGUAAUAAAAUUAUUAACCUCAUGUAUUAAGAACUUGCAAGUUGUAUACAACGAAGUACUUCCUAGUAAACAGAAUUGCUUCGAGAACAAAAAGAGAAAGUGAAGACAUUUUUAAGAACUGAAUACUCCUAUUUCAUAGUUAUUUUAUAUAAACGUUUUGCUAUUUUAAGAAACCAGUUCAUUGUUUUUAUUCAUUCUGUUUUCAAGUUUAAAGGGCUGGUAGGAAUUAAGCCCAUUUAGUAUAAUUUGGUAAAUUUUUCCAAACCCCCCUUAUUUAAGACGUUAGGCGCUUUUUUAUUGGGAUUUUGGAAAAAAUCAACCAACUCGAAUUUCCUGCUCCCCGUCUAUUCUGUAUACAGGAGAAUGCCAUCUGACUUUUCUGAAGGAAAAGAAAAUUCAUUUAACCACUAAGACAAAAGUCGUGACUCCAAUGUAUAUGUCCCCAAGAUAGGGUAUGUCCUAUACUAGCACUGUCAUGGCUCCAAAGCUCCCCAGAAAAGAUAUGUUCUUAAAAGAAUUGAAUUGUUAAUCGAGCAUUUUUAUAAAAAAAUCCAGUCAAGCAAUUUUAUAAAAAGAAACAUUGAGGGUAUGGCAUACCUGAUAAUAAGUUUUAUUAGGCAAUUUAAGAAAUCGUCAUUAGUGACAAAGCUUCUGAAGUAGCUUCAAUUUUGCUUGUUUAGUCACAAUAUAUAGUUCAAUUAUAAUGGAUCUUUUUUAUUAGCAGCAUGUAUAACUUUAAUAUGAAAAUGCAGUUUUCUAAAUUUAAGGGUAUUUUACAUAUGGUGUUAAAUUAUGAUAUAGAUGACUUUGUUAACAUGAGAGCCAUUUCCAAAAAAGCCGUUUUUUCUUUCAAUGUUUGAUGCUCAAUCUGUCGUUCAAAUAAAAAAAUAUUUCCUUGGAGCUCUUAAAGUAUGUGUUCUGAGGAAAAUAGUGUAUGCCUUAGAAAUCUGCUCGCUUAUGCUGCCAAAAUAGGCCAGAAACAAUAAAUUAACCAGAUGCCUGUACCGGAGGCUAAUCGUUUAGGGAGGGCUUAGUAGAAGUCCUCCUUGGAUAAUGUUGCUUCAAUGAAAUAAAAUUGCACGAGUGGUCCUGAAUUCAAAAACAAUUUUCCUAAUGGAUGGGAGUUAGCUGCAACCCCUUUGUCUCCUAGAGAACGCUGCACUUCAACAUCUAAGAAUUGUUCGAAUAAAGCCUGUUGUUGCCCAGCAUUUGAGGGGGCAGGAAUUGUGAAUGUUGAAUUUACCAUACGAGACAUUUCGUUGACUGUUUUUGUUGAAUUGCGUUUGGUUAUUAGUUCUGUUCUGCCUUUUUGACAAAUAGACGUGACUCUUUUUGCUUAUGAUGCAUGCUAACAAACAAGAAAAAUACAGUCGACUGAAAACAUCGGACAGGUUAAAGAGAAUUGUUAAAAAGGUUUUAUUACAUCUAUUUUUAUGGUUUAGCUUCUAUUAAAAGUAAGUUUCUCGAUUUAAGCCUGCAUACAGACUGUUCUUUUUGUUGCGAAAGAGUUUUGUAAAGUUUGCAAAAUAGCGUCCACUUUUGAGUUCUGAGAUCUUACACAAUAACUCUAUAUCUACUCAACUCAACUCAAAACAUUUCAUUCACAGCAAUAAUUAACUACUACAUUUAUAUUUAAUACUUGAACCACAAGUAACAAAUAGCUUUUUACAAAAAAGGAAAAUUACAUACAGUAGGUAGUUCGAAGUCUAGUAUGUUCGCUGUCGGACAUAUGAAAAGAAAUUACAAGGAGCUAUCUAGGUCAUAUGCCCGAUUUGACGUGUAUAGGUGACCGAUUUCAAGAGAAGAAUGUGAAGGAAAAACAAAAGGAAGGAACAUCAUGAAAAUAUAGGGUUAGUAUAAUAAGAGAUGUAAAUUGGUUGUACUAAAAACACAAUAGUGAGAUGCAUGGUGGUAAUAUAUGUUUAAUGAUAAUGUUCAUAAUCGGGUUCAAAUAAGUAUGUCAGUUUGACUUUAAAAAAUAAUUUUUCAGGUUUUUGAUGAAAGAUGACUUUUUCGGUAACUUUUUAAUUUGCAAUGGCAGGGAAUUCCAAAUUUGACUCCUUCAUAUACAAUUGACUUUUGUUUAUACUUUGUCAAGACCAAAGGGAAAGAGAAGUUGUCAUUUGAAGACUGUCUUGUUUCAUGCUGAUGACGUAUAUUUCUUUUAAUGAACAGGUUGUUGAAUAGGUCAUUACUGCUUUCAUGAUAGAUAUCAAACAUGAAUUUAGCAACUUCAAGUUUAUACAUGUUAUCAAAGUUGAGAAGAUUAUGUUUUUUGAAAAGUGGUUCACUAUGAGAUUGGUAUUUAACGCUCCGCGAAGGGUAGAUAUUAAUGGCUCCAGAUUAGUUUUAUAAGCACCUCCCCAGUUUAGUAUGCCACAAAGUAUGUGAGAUUGGAUAAACGAUUUGUAGACUGUACAUAGUGUGCUUUGAGGUACCAAUUGUCUUGUUUUGUAUAGUAAGCCAAUGCUCUUUGAGAUUUUAAUAUUUAGUUGCAUAAUAUGUUGUUUCCAAUUUAAGUGUUUGUCAAUGAUUAUGCCAAGAUAUUUAGUGUAGUCUUUUUGUACUAGUUUUUCGUAAUCAAUUUGAAAGACAAUAGGUUUAUCAGGCCUUUUUUGAUGCGGAUUUAUAAUCAGAAAAUUUGAUUUUGAUACAUUUAAGGAAAGUUUACUGGCCAGU